AUGGCUGAUGAUAGUUGCACAUAUCACAGUCUACUUGCUGUCUCGGGCGGCGAGCUCAAGUUCAUUUCCUAUUCGCUCGGUAUUCUAUCUAAUAUUUUGUGGUACGAGGCCGACGUGCCGAUCUGGAUGUGCUCGUUGCUUGGCGCCGAUGGCCUUCCAUUCGCGAUCGAACGAUGUAAAAGGCCCAUGGCCGAUCGUAACUGUUUGCCAUCGGUGAGAUGCUCAAAAACCCAUCUCACCGGGUGA